AUGGCUGCCAGCCUUGCGCAGCCGGGGAAAACCGCGCCCGGCGCCGAGGGCUUCCCAAAAAGCGAGAGAAGCCAGACGCGAGCUCGAGCGGGGCCCCAGAGCGGCUCUCAGCUCAGCUCCGGCGAGUCCCAGAGUUUCCGGGGCGACUUGAGCGAUUGGGACCCCAAGAGGGCCCCUGUGCCCUUCCUACCCCCCAGCGACAUGGUCUUCGACAUCAUGUUCUUCCGGCAUCUUUUCAAUGAGCUGGCCAAGCGCUGCGGACGUCGUUAUGUGCCCCUGGUGGCCCUGCGGAACGUCUCCGCCAGGAUGGUGGAGGUCAUGCAGCUGGGGGACCCCAUGCGGGUGAACUUCUUCGGAAGCCUGGCGAAGCGGCAGUGCAAGUGGAGCGACUUGUGCGACGAGUUGAGCAGUGAGGGGCACCCCACCAUUGUGCUGAGUACCGCGGAGCGCAUCUACAUGACCUUGGAGAAUGAUGACAGCUGCGGCUUGGCGAAGGUGUGGUUUCACCUGGUGAUGACCACGACCAUGGCCACCAUCAUGCUCUUCAUUUUCCCGCAUCCUUUGGAGCACUUCUGUGUAGCAGCUGGCUUGGAGGAUGGGGCGAUUUGCAACCUUGUCUUCAAGAACUUCUGCAUGAGUGUCUUUACGGUGGACUACCUGCUGAAGCUGAUCUGCUCAUACUGGGUGCGCCUGGAGGUGCUCGAGCCCUCCGCCACACACUUCGUGCAGGAGUUGGGUCAAGCCGCCCAGCAACCUUUUUGGCCGCGGAGUGGAAUGGCGAGGGUUUGGUCCGUGGCCCAGCAGCCCAGCAACGUGGUGGACCUCCUGGCCAUCAUGCCCUGGUGGUGCGACUUGCUGUAUGGGCAACUGCUGCCGGCGGCCUCGUUCCUCCGGGUCUUUCGCCUCACCCGAGUCUGCCGCAUCUUCAAGUCCGCCAGAUAUUUGGACAUGUUGCAAGUGCUCGGCAUGACGCUCUGCAAGAGUUUGGGCAUGGUCCUCAUCGUCUUCAUGAUGAUCAGUCUGGUGGGCCUCAUCGCCGGAUGCGUCUUCGAGCAGGUCGAAGAGGGGGAUGCCUUUGAGACGGUCUUGAGCGCGACCUACUGGACCUUCUCCCGUCUCAUCGGUAUGAAGGAUACUCCACACAGAAGUGGGCGCGUGACCACCAACUGGGGCAUAGCAGUGCUAUCCGUGACUCUGACGCUCAGAGGGGUGCUGUGGAUUGUGCCCAUCGAGCGCAUCAAGCAGAUCUUCACCAAGGAGUACCAAGCGGUGAUCCAUGAGAAGGACCUGCACAAGUCGGUGGUGGAGGAUUUGAUGGCCUUCGAUGAGCCGGAAGACGUGCUCUACAACAGCUCCACGGGCUACGUCUGCGCCUUCCUGCGGCUCAGCACCAAGGAGGGCCUGCUGCAAGGACCCUUGCCUGUGCCCGUCGAGCAGAAGCAAGCGUCGGACGGUCGUGUGACGAUGCAGCUGGGCAAGCAGGAAGUGCAGGUGCGGGUCCAGUGGCAGCCGGACAAAGCUAUGCAGGACCUCCCCCUGGGUCGCCUCACCCUAAGCCUUGACACGGACCUCCGGUUCCUGGACGCCAACUGGGAGGUGCCGGUGAGCACCUUCAAGAAAGAGGACCGAAGCCUUUCCCAGGGCCUCAAAGAGGCGAGCUUCGACAUCGCCUGGGAUGGGUCCCACGCCGAGAGCGCGGGGGAGGCCUAUGUGCAGCAGGUGGACCACGAGGACUUCCAACAGCAGGUGCUGAGCAUGCUGCACGAGCAGCAGGCGCUGCUGCUGGAGCAGCAGAAGAAGAUGGAUAGUCAAGCUAGAAAGCUCGCAUCCUUGGAGAAGCCUUGA